CCAACCUCCUUUCACUCAACAUUUCCUGCGUCGUCUUCAGCCUCCUGCUUCUUCUGAAUCUACUCCUCCGCCUGUGCCGUCAUCUGGGCCGUACGUGGUGGUUUUCUGUUUGAUCUUACAGAACAAAAAACACGCUUCCGUCCACUCCCCACUGUUUUCUGGUUCGGAUUCGCCGACAUCUCCACAGAUGCUUUCCUUCGCUCAUCAUCCUCACCUUGUCUCCCUCGAGCUUCCACGGUUCUUCCCGCCAAAGGCUUUUGUGUCAUCGCGGAGAGAGAUUAAAGUAUUCACCAUGGCGACUACUGUUGAGGACACGUCCAGUACUAUACCAGCUGCUCCAAUUUCCCUUCCUGAAGGACCAUGGAAGCAGAUACCUGGUGGAGUGACUGCUGCUAAAGGCUUUAAGGCUUCAGGAAUGUAUGCCGGGUUACGAGUCUCGGGAAAGAAGCCUGAUCUUGCACUCAUAACUUGUGAUGUUGAUGCCACUGCUGCAGGGGCAUUUACUACAAAUGUGGUUGCAGCUGCUCCUGUUGUUUACUGCAAAAAGAUGUUAGAGAUGUCGAAAACGGUACGUGCUGUGCUGAUAAAUGCCGGUCAGGCCAAUGCAGCUACGGGUGAUGCCGGUUACCAAGAUGUGUUGGAUUCUGUUGUUACUCUUGCAAGGUUGCUUAAACUGAAGCCAGAGGAAGUAUUGAUUGAGUCGACUGGUGUAAUUGGCCAAAGGAUUAAAAAGGGUGCUCUUCUGCAAGCACUACCAACACUAGUUAACAUGUUGUCAGAUUCCGUCAAUGGGGGAGAUGCUGCUGCUGUAGCCAUCACUACAACUGAUCUCGUGAGCAAGAGCGUGGCAAUUGAGUCUCAGGUUGGAGGGACACCGAUACGAGUUGGGGGUAUAGCAAAAGGCUCGGGUAUGAUCCAUCCGAAUAUGGCAACUAUGUUAGGUGUUGUCACGACAGAUGCUCUUGUCGAAAGUGAUGUCUGGAGAAAGAUGGUUAAGGUCGCAGUAAACCGGAGUUUCAACCAGAUAACUGUAGAUGGGGACACCAGUACGAACGAUACCGUCAUUGCUUUGGCAAGUGGGCUCUCGGGAUCACCCGCCAUAUCUUCUCUCAACUGUCCCGAGGCAUUGCAGCUUCAAGCAUGCCUUGAUUCGGUAAUGCAAGGACUUGCCAAAUCAAUAGCUUGGGAUGGAGAAGGAGCUACAUGUCUCAUUGAGGUUACGGUAACUGGGACAGAAACCGAAGCAGAAGCAGCCAAGAUUGCACGCUCGGUAGCCUCCUCUUCACUUGUUAAGGCAGCGGUAUAUGGCAGAGACCCGAACUGGGGACGUAUAGCCGCGGCUGCAGGCUAUGCCGGGGUUUCUUUCGAGAUGGAUAGUCUCAGGAUAUCGCUCGGAGACAUCUUGCUCAUGGAGUGUGGCCAGCCACUUCCUUUCGACAGGUUGGGAGCGAGUAAGUACCUGAAAAAGGCAGGAGAAGUUCACGGGACAGUGGAAAUCGAUAUAAGAGUGGGAGGAGGACUGGGGAGAGGGAAAGCGUGGGGAUGCGACCUCAGCUACGACUACGUCAAGAUCAAUGCUGAGUACACCACUUAACCCCCAAACCUUAUCCUAAAACUAUCUCUGCCUUCUUCUCCACCACCACACACGCCUGUGAGUCGUCGUCUGAGUGUACCGUAUUCUUCGUUUUGAUCGGAUAUGGUGUAUUUCAUUUUCAUGAAUCCAAAGCAAGUCUUGGCCAAUGCUCAAGUUCUUGUUUUGGUCGGUACCUGGGUUGUAAGUCUCAUAACGUUACCCAAGCUUGGGUUGGGUGGUCUAGUGGUAAGAUAACAUGCAAAACAUGAGGUUCAAACCUAAGCGUGGGGAGGGGCAUUCAAAUGGGCCGGUGAACUUUCGGAUUAUCAAAAAAAAAAAGUCUCAUAAGGUUUCGAUUGUGAAUAGGGAACGCGUAAAACUCUCUUUGUUUUUAGGUUUCAAUUCAGUUAUUUAUCUC